AUGCCGAAACGGAAGGCAUGGUCUUUGAACAUUGGUUUACAAACCGCACUUGUACCGCUUUACCUCGUAUCGAAAUUGUGCUGCUUAAAUGCUUUUACCUAUCUGCCAUUGAAGGGGUACAUUGUGCAUGGUAAAGUGAUCAACAAUAGCUACGUAUCUCGUGAUUGUUCCUCAAAGGGUACCCCUAAUGGUAAACUGUUGGCAUUUUCCAUCGUUGGCGUGCUGCAUGCCGUGGGAUGUAGCUUCGCCUACGCUUCCUAUCACAUCCUGUCUUCGCUGAGUCAAUCGAGCAAGCUGACCGAUUCAAACUUGGUGCGUGUGGCAAUCGAUCUUAAGAAUCAGUACGUUGGAUGCAUUCUGGUGCUGGUACUCGUAACCGUGUCCUUGUUCCGUCAGCCCGCCCUGAAUCGCUUGAUUCAUUUGUUGCUGCGCGUUGAUCAGCUAUUGCCAAAGAUGACUGGAGCUGUUAAACAAUCGAACUUGAAGCAAGCUGGCGUCAACAACGCUGUCUGGUUGAGGAAUGUUCUUUUGAUGCUCGUGCUUGGUGUUGGUGUGAAGGCAACGCUGGAGAUCACCAACUGUCUCAUGUACAUCCGCGACAGUGGUUCACCAUUUUCGUCCAACUGCUUGCUGCUCUGUAUCAUACCACAAACGCUUUGCGUUAUCAGUGAGCUACAGUUUGUAGCGUACGCGUUGCUCAUCAGAGACCGGUUAAGAUUGCUUAACCAAUGGCUAUUGCAACUGCAGCCACAUUUGGUACGUGGCAGUGCGUCUGCCUUCGAGUCCGCGCACCAUCUCGCACAUAUACAUGGGAUGCUGGUGAACGCAAUCGGGCUGCUUAACCGAUGCUUCGGAGUGCAAAACGCAAUCCUGUUGCUGUUUCAGUUCGUCACACUCGUUGAGCUAGGGUACAACACGUGCAUGAUGUCUGUACGGUACGCCGAAGCACACACGCAGCAGGGCGAUAGUACGGAGGACUUCCUCGAAACGGUGUACUGGAUCGUGUGGUUUGUGAUGGAAAUGUUUGCGGUCUGUUAUUUUAGUCAUGCUACAGUGGAAGAGGCACAACGAACUGCUCGUUUGCUAAGACCUCCUAACGCGUAUAGGAUGAACCUAAGAAAUCAUUUUCGUCUGAUUUCCCAACAACAGUUGCUCUUUCUGAACCUCAAAACGUGCAUCACCUGCGGCGGACUGUUCACCGUGGACCUCACACUGCUCUACGCGAUUAUUGGUGCUACAACAACCUAUCUAAUCAUACUGAUACAGUUCGAUCAAUCGUUUAACGGUGAUUAA